AAACACAAUCAUUCUUGUCGUUCUUAACAUGGUUUCAAAGAUGGAUACCGGUAGUUACUCAUAUCCUGAUGCGCCUCCACCAUACACCAGCCUAGGAGCAACUACUUCAGCACCAACAUUCUCAGGGGCAAGCCAACCUCAUACUUUAACUUUCCGAACACUUGAGCAACCUACACUCCAUCCAUCAGAGAAACCCAUCGCUAUUCCCGCAACAAGCUCCAAACUCGGCUCUCCCUUCCUACGAGCCUUCCCACCCGUCCUCGAAAACCAAUAUCAUCUUCCUCGGGAAGUCUUCCUCAGAUUUCUCGAUGACCUCAACCGUGCUACCGUCGCUAGCCCACCAGUCCAGAUACUAGGAUUGGCCGGCAGUAUUGUAUCAAUGAUACCACUGCACACCGCACAAAUCGUCGGUAACUCGGUCAAUGCGGCAGCUACUCUUUCGACGUACGCUAUCAGUAAAUCUCGAAGUGAGAUUUGCCUCAGCACGGCAAACAAAGAACUCUUUAUGCCUCGAGGUCUCAAGGCUGAGUUUGCGAAGCUGGAUGUCGUUGCUCAAUAUGCUCGGAUGCCCAUCCUCAACCAAGAGGGUAAGAUCGAGAAGAACAGCAUGAUUCUCGGACCAUUGGAAGAUGUUUCGGCUCAAUCUCCGAUCACGGUACAGCAACGCAGACUUCAAGCCCUUGAGCCGUGGAUUGCACCACUGGACCUUACACCCUUACCUGAGUUGCAUGUGCCGGAUAACUUUGUAAGUAAGAUGCAUGCUUCAACGAGUGAACGGCAGCGAAAGAAAGAGGAGAAGAAAAUGACCAAAGAUAGAGCCAAGGCGCAUAAGGAUUGGACUGAGGAUUCAAGAAAGGCUCGUGAGGACUAUGAGAAGGAUAUGCGAAAAAUAGAAGAGGAUCUCGCAAAAGUUCAUCGGAAGCAUGCAGAUGAGCCCCGCAAAUUGGAGAGGGAGUUGAAGAAAUUGGAUAGGGAGAGGGGGAAGUGUGAGAGAGAAUAUGAAAAGGAAAUGAAGAAGGUUGAUAAGGAUAGACGGAAGGAUGAUAAGGAAGAGGAGAGUGUGAGAAAGGUGAUAUGGCUGCUUAUCCGACCGAUUGGCAACGGACCUAUGGAAUGAGAUCUUGAACGGUACAAUCAACAAUAGAGCUAUAGUUCGAUUUCCAACCCGAUCGGCUACUUGUGUAUGAAGUCAUAAAUAUCAUUUCGAUCCGCUGCGCCU